UUUUUUUUUUUUUUGUGGCUUUGAGAAAUUGAAAAAAUGUAACUAAGAAGAGAGAGAGAGAGAUGUAGCAGCAGCUUCCAUUUCCUUAUCAAACAACUUCCCAUCCAAUGUUAAGCAAGCAAUACCAACUUUUUUUCCUUUUUCUCUCUUUUUCUUUUUCUUUUUCUUCAAGUAGCUCUUUUCUGUGAGAAAACUACUGUUUAGGUUGUUGGCAGAUGAUUUGUUGGGUACUCUCCUAAUCUAACUUCACUUGCUCUGUACGUACACUCUUGAGACAAUUCUCAUACCAUCCAAUCUCAGUUUCAACUUAAUAUAAUCAUUUUUUUGGUUCUUUUUUGUCUGUAUUUCUUAUUUGAUCAGCACCACGCUAGCACAUUAUGGGAAAUUUUCUUUUCUUUUCUGCUCUGCCAUGCAUUCUGUGAUGAGUGUCGUGGAUGAAUGGAACCAAUUCACUUUCUCCAUCCAAUUAUCUGAAAACAGAGAACCACACCAAAUUUAAGAACCAUUAUGCCUUUCAAUUUAGUCUCAGCAUGGAACAAGCGCCGGAGGUCCAAGUCACAUGACCACACAGACCCUUGGAUUUAUAAACCGGUGGAGUAUUGGCAACUUGAUGAUCAAGCCCCACAACCCCCAAAAAGACACCAUCAUGUUUCAUCAAUUUUCACACUCAAAGAAAUGGAAGAGGCAACAUGUUCAUUCAGUGAAGAGAAUUUGCUCGGAAAAGGAGGAUUUGGUCGCGUAUACCGGGGAACUUUGCGAUCAGGGGAGGUUGUAGCAAUCAAAAAAAUGGAGCUGCCACCUUUUAAAGCAGCCGAGGGGGAACGAGAAUUUCGAGUAGAAGUAGAUAUCUUGAGCAGACUUGAUCACCCAAAUCUGGUUUCUUUGAUAGGCUACUGUGCUGAUGGGAAGCAACGGUUUCUAGUGUAUGAAUAUAUGCAGAAAGGGAACCUACAAGAUCACCUAAAUGGGAUUGGGGAAGGAAAAAUGGAUUGGCCUCAAAGGCUCAAAGUGGCACUUGGAGCGGCAAGGGGCCUAGCAUACCUCCAUUCCAGUUCUGAUGUUGGGAUACCUAUUGUUCACAGAGAUUUCAAAUCCACCAACAUUCUUUUAAGUGCCAACUUUGAAGCAAAGGUAUCCGAUUUUGGGCUUGCCAAGAUGAUGCCAGAGGGCCAGGAAAUAUAUGUGACUGCUAAAGUACUUGGUACAUUCGGCUAUUUUGAUCCCGAGUAUACAUCGACUGGAAAACUCACUUUACAAAGUGAUGUUUAUGCAUUUGGGGUGGUUCUUCUUGAACUUCUGACUGGACGUCAAGCUGUUGACAUUAACCUGGGACCAAACGAUCAAAACCUAGUGGUACAGGUAAGGCACAUACUGAAUGAUCGGAAGAAAUUGCGUAAGGUGAUAGAUUCUGAGCUGGGUCGAAGUUCAUACACCAUGGAAUCUAUAGCUAUGUUCGCAAACCUGGCAUCACGAUGUGUACGUCGUGAGAGCAGUGAGAGACCCUCCAUGGCAGAAUGUGUUAAAGAGCUCCAGCUGAUUAUCUAUACAAAUGCGAAAGGCUUGGGAGCGGCCACAACUCCUAAUAAAGCCAUGUUCUAGUCGGAGGGUGAAGACUAUGUACAACAAAAUAGAGAUCCCUUACUUCUUCUAAUAAAAGAGUUGUAGAAUCUUCAAAGCUUGUGGACCUAUGAUCUUAGAAACAAGACCCAAAAAGAGCACUUGAUAAGGAUUGAGAAGAACAGAAAUGCAAUGAGUGAAUAUAUCAGAUAAAAACAUCAUCCCAAAAAAUGAUCAAAUUGAAGUUGAUUUUCUUGUAUCAUUCUGUUAAUUCAGGGAAUCUAAAUUAUACACUGUUAAUUCCGGGAAUACAUAACUUUUAGUAUAUAUAUAUUUCCGUUUUUGAGUUUACA